GCGUUGAUGAAACUAUAAAAUUUAACUAAAAUGUGCUACAUAAAAUCUGUAUUUUAGUGGAGAAGUGUUUUUUGAAAAUACAAAAAAAUAAAACGAAAACGAAAUGCCGGAGUUAGUCGAGCAGAUGUACUGCUCUCAGCAGAUUGUGAUUCCCCCGAAAUUCCCUUACAUAUUGAAGAGGUUUUGUAAAGCGGCAAUCAAGACUCAGCCAUACGAUCUUCUCCGCUGGUCAUUCGAAUAUUUCAAGGCGCUGGCAGAAAACCGUCCCCCACCAGUCAAGUUGAGGCUUGAAUAUCCCGUCUACAGUACCGAGGGUGGGCUCACUCGUGGAUGCCUCAAGGUCAUCGCUCAUCAGUUGCUGAACAUCGGCAAGAACCUCCCACUCUACCUCAUCAGGAAAGCCUGGCGCGGCUUCUGCCUGGACCCCAACGAGUUGAGAAGGAUCUUCUGUCUCUGUGAGGUCUACAUGAGGCAGGAUUACGUUCCGUUGUUGCAUUUUAUUGCCGUAGCUGGUGGGAUGCUGACUAAGAAUCUGACCUACACCAUGAUCCUCCUCUGCGAAGUCCUGACCAAGGAACCAGAUGGCGGUUCAGCUGCCAUUCCUGCUGAUGACUUCCUUGACAUGUACCUGCUCCUGGCCAGGAUGGACGCUUCCAAGGAUAUCAAAUACAUCAACGGGUAUAGGGAAGGAGAGACUCCUAGACCAGAAGAGGAGGAGAUAGAAGAAGAAGAAACACUAAGUGAAGCCACUGUUGAUGCAAAGUUGAAGCAGCUAAGUUCAUACAAAGUGCAAGAGAAAGCUGAAGUUGAUAAAGCGAAAGAAGAAUAUACAGAAGAAAAAGAAGAAUUCAACCCGAUCCGAGUGUGGGACGAGGACGGCAAUGAAAUCCCUUUUGAAUUUUACGGUGAACCUAAAAUCGAAGAAGAGAGUUUAGAAGAACAAACGAAGGAAGCAACAGAAGAGGAAGAGUUGAAACAAGAAGCGGAGAACGAAGAAGAUGUUAUACAAGAGCUGAUAGAUGAACUGUACGAGGCGCGUGCGCAGAGACUGGCAGACCUGGAACAGACCUUCGACGAUAUAGCUCACAUCGUGGAUAGGUUCCAAUUGGCCAGCUAUGACCUUGGGAUGGUCGCUGGUCGUCAGAUGUCCAUCACCAGCGGGGAGUUCAUUGUGCAGCACAUUGAGAAAGAGAUUUUGGACUAUAUUGAUGAGCAGAUAGCUGUUCUGCCCGACCCUGAUUUGAAGAAGAAGAAGGCUAAGCCGGAAGAAGUGGAGAUGGUCAGAAAUCUCCUCUACAAUUUCCUGGAUGAGAAUCUGGACAUCAUAGUGCCGGAAAUCGAGGAGGUUGAGGAAGAGGAGCUACCUAUUCCAGAGAUCGUGGUGGUAUACGCGGUACCCGGCAUCGGUCCGCCUGUGCCCGAAGAAAUGAUCUGCGAUAUUGAAGAGUACAUAGCUGAUGUCAGCAAGAACCAAGCUGACAUGGUCAUGCCGAGGAACUUCAGACAUUUCCUUAGUCCGCCUUUGGAAAAAUUCGAGGAAUACCAAUAUGAGGAGAAUAAGAAAGAAGAACUCGCCUGUUCUGGUGUAUUUACCAAUUAAGACGAAAGUGGACGACCAAACUGUGUAUCCACAUAAAAAAAAAGAGAAAGUGGAAUUCGCCUUUUUAUACCGACGUAGUCCUCAUUAUCCUCUCUGAAUAUUAAUAUUAAUGAAAAUGUUUUAACGCAAUUUGUUGUAAAUCAACCACAGCUAUGCCCCCCUACAUUUGAUUUUUCCCGAAUUUUUAAUUAUUAUAAAAGAUAGAAACAUCGCCGAUCAGUUUAUUAUAUAUGUACCUAUAAAAAAAAUUUGAAAUCCGUUUUUCGCUACUAUUUUUACGAUAAUCAAAAAAUCGAAAAGUCAAACGUACGAUAUCUAU